AUGGCGACUACUGAGGUACUAGGUAAACAGGAAUGUUUGGAUGUUAAGGUUAGAUUAGGUGGUGGGUUUGUGAAAAAAAAAUUAAAGGGAAGGAAUAUGGUUGUGUAUGAAGGAGGAUGGGAGUUUUGGAGGUAUGGCUGUAAAUCAAAACAUGAAUCCAAGCCCACUGAAAUUAGAAGAAGCCCUAGGUUUAAACAGGAAACAAAUAAGGGGGUGACUGAGGGAGAGGAAGCUGCUGAUAAGGUUGGAGAUAGGGUUCCCACAGAAAGUGUUAAAGGGAAGGGGAAGCAAGGUGAGCAGGAAGGGACUUCCAGGGGGAAGAAGACAAAUAGAAAGCUUGAGCUUGAAUCAGAAAGUGGAUCUGAUUUUUCUGAUUCUGAGGGGACUGAUAUAGAUUGGGGAGCAGGGGAAGAGGAGUGUGAUGAUGAGGGAGUAGAAGAGGCAAGGCAGUUGGAGGAUGUGCAAGACAAAGAAGAACAACAAGUGUUCUUGGAAAGUCAGCUGCUACAGAAUGAGGUAGCUUUGCAAACAGAGUUCACCUCUGACUCUGAGGAAUUGGAUAGUCCAAGAGGGUCUGAUGAUGAGCAUGAUAACAGCCCUUGGUUCCAUGCUACAACACACUUCAGCAAACCAAUUCAAUUGGUGAAGUACCAGAAGUUUAUGAACAACAAUGUGGUGAGGAAAGCUCUCAGGGUUCAUGCCAUUGAGAAUAGACUUCCUAGUUGUACUUGUGUAGGGGGUAGGAGAUGUCACUUUAAGGUGGUUGUUAGGAGGUCUGUGAACCAAGAUUUUUGGCAGAUUAAGAGCUUAAAUUUGAAGCAUAAUUGUCUAAGAGAUAGGAGCAAUCACAACUUAACAACUGAGUACUUAGCUGAGAAGUACAUUGAGGAGUUCAGAUCAGAUCCUUUGUGGAAAAUUAAAGCUUUCAGAAGGAAGGUUUUGGGGGACCUUGGGAUUGAAAUAACAUACAGUAAAGCUUGGAUGGCAAGGGCUAGGGCUAAACUGAAGAUCUAUGGCUCAGCAUCAGAACAAUAUGCUCGAGUUUGGGACUAUGGGAAGGCUGUUCUUAAGUAUAGCCCUGGAUCUGGUUGUGUAGUAAUGGUUGAGGGAGUGGAGAAGCCUGAACCUCCUUUGUUUUUGAGGAUGUAUAUGUGUCUUGCACCUUUAGCCAAAGGGUUUUUAUCAGGCUGCAGACCAUUAAUUGGGCUUGAUGGCACUCAUCUUAAGGGUCCAUACCUAAGGCAGAUCCUAGUAGCAGUUGGUAAGGAUGGUAAUAACAACAUUUAUCCUAUUGUCUCGGCUACAGUUGAGAUUGAGAACAAGGAAACCUGGAUCUUUUUUCUUGAGUGUUUGAUGGGCACACUUAAAGAUGAAGAAGGAGGGCUUGGCUACACUUUUAUGUCUGAUAGACAAAAAGGCCUGCUAGAAGCUUUGAAUCAAGUUGUACCAAAUGCUGACACUAGGUACUGUGUGAGGCAUAUAUGGGCUAACUUCAAGCUUCAAUUCAGUGGCUCUAAAUUUAAGGAGCUAUUUUGGUCAGCAGCCAGAGCAACUACCUUGUUUGAUUUUGAAGUUGCCAUGGAAUCCAUUGAGUUCUUGUCUGAGGAGGCAUAUGAAUACCUUGCUGACAUCCCUCCUAAGCACUGGUCUAGGCAUGCAUUUAGCUCCUUUCCAAAGUCAAACAUGCUUUUGAACAAUGUUUGUGAGACCUUCAAUGCUGUGAUAAAAGAAGCUAGGGAUAAGCCUAUUUUGACACAAAUGGAGUGGCUUAGGAGGUAUAUGAUGAAAAGGAAUCAUGACAAGUGGGAGUGUUGUCAGAAAAUGGAGGGCAAGGUAACUCCAUAUGUGAAGAAAACAUUUAAAAGAAUUGAACCAGUUGCAAGGCAUUGCAUUGUGCAAGAGCUGACAGGUAUCCCUUGUGUCCAUGCAUAUGCAUGCAUCAUGGACAAGAGAGCAGACCCUGAAGAUUAUGUGGACAGUGCAUAUGCUGUGGACACCUAUAUGUUGGCUUAUAGGUUUGAAGUACAACCAAUGUCUGACCCACACCAUCGGGACAAGGUCAACCUCAGAGCACCUAUGCCACCAGCCAUCAAGAUCCAGCCUGGAAGACCUAAAUCUAAGAAAAGAAAGCUGGAGCAGGGACAGGAGGGUGCCCAAAGCCAAUCUGUGCAAAAGCCUGUGAAAAGGAGGAGUACUUGCAACAAUUGUGGGCAGCAAGGUCACUAUGCAAAAACUUGCAAGAACCCUACAGUUACUCCACUAGCAGUUUCUUCACCAAAAAAUGGAGGAGGUAGACCCCAAUCUGAUAGUGACUAG